GACUCGAUAGUGUUACACGCACAUGUAAUUUUAGCUACGUUUCGCGCGCAUCGCGCAUCGGUAGCAGUGAGCGCGCCGGGCGCUCGCUAUCUCUAAACAAAAUAAGGUAAAACCACACAUCUAUCACUUCCCAUAGUGCACAAUUACUGCAGCGGUUACAUUACCAGCGGGAAGGCUCGUCAUUAUCAUAUUUUCUGUCAUUUCUCUGCGUCGGCAGCCGAGGCAGGACACCGUCGGGAUACUAAGUCAGAAUGCCGCGUAUCUACGAAGAGACGGACCCCAACUACGCUGCAAGUUGCAGCAAUAUCACGCUAUGCUCCAACUCGAAGGGUUUCUUCAAGGGGCUGGGCGAGGAGCUGGUCUCCAUGGCGGAGGCCGGCGGCUGGCUGGACACGUUGGAAGCUGUCCACGACUCCAAGAAGGUGGCUGCUGUACUGGCAAACGAAACGGUGAUGGGAGCCCUGAACGAGGUGCUGUCGAGGAUCCAGCCGCUGCACCGCGGCAAGGACGCGCAGGUGUCCCGCGACCGCCGCCUGGCGGCUCAGCAGGCGCUGGAGGAGGGAGACCUGGACAAGGCACUCGCACUAGCCAGCCAAGCAGUCCUUAGAGCACCUAUGACAGGCGGAGACGAUGCGAUGGUUUCUGAAGGUGGAAUCUCCCUGGCGUUAGCGUUGUGGCUCCGGUCGGAAGUAUUGCUCCGGUGUGAUAGACCUCAAGCUGCUCUAGAAGAUCUGAAGCUGGCCCUCAAGGAGCGACUGCCUGCCAAGAUGAGGGCUCAGUAUUACUGGAGGAUGGGGCACUGCUACCGAGGUGCCGGUGAAGCCACUCGCGCCAAGGUGUCGUACGAGCUGGCUGGCAGACUGCUGGGUGCCGAUGAGACUGCCAAGGCACAGCUGGCUGAAGACAUUGCUGGCCUGGACUACUCGGCGCAGCCCAAACAGACAUCUCAGAAACCUGUGACGUCACUGACCGGUGGAGCGAAACAGAACAUGCCGUCUCUGUCUAAAUUACUGAAAAUAGCUGAAGAAGAAACAAAGGGUCGGUUCGCGGUUGCGAACUCUCCAAUAAAGACGGGAGACGUGCUGCUGGUAGACCCGCCGUACGCCGCUUGUCUGGUCGCAGACUACUACGGUACUCACUGCUUACAUUGUUUUAAGAGACUAGACGAUUGUGAGAAUGAAGCUCCGGUCUGGUGUCCGAAAUGUUCAGGAGUAGCAUUCUGCAGCAUCGCUUGCAGGGACGCAGCCGUGUCCACGUAUCAUGCUUAUGAAUGCCAAUUUUUAGAUCUCUUUAUAGGUUCGGGUAUGUCAAUACUGAGCCACAUAGCGUUACGUAUGGUGACGCAGGCGGGGCUCGACACCAGCUUGUCAAUACAUGCCAAGUACAUCAGCAACGAAGUGAAGACUGUCGAAGGUGCCGUCCUUAAUGACAUAGAAGGCGUCGCGAAAAAAUCUAAAAUAAAAAGUAGAAAAGAAAGGCUCAAUAGAUCCAAAAAAGGGCUCAAAAGUUUCACAGAAAAGAAUUUCAAAGAAGAAGAUGACGAAGUUAAAGUAGAAGACAAGAUGAGUAUGGAAGAGAAGUUGGAGCUGCGGGCGGCGCAGACAUACGCGCUGUGCACGCACUCCGACCAGAGGAAGGGAGAGGAUUAUUUGAAGCGGACGGUAAUGUCGCUGUUCCUCACUGAAUGUUUGAAAAAAGCUGGUUUCUUCAAAAAGUGUAAACAAGAAAAUUUAGAAAAAGCACACUUGGCCAUCAUCGAGCUGAUCCUCCGCAACCUGCAGCUGCUGCAGUUCAACGCGCACGAGAUCUACGAGACUGUGCGCGGCGCACACACCUUCUCGGGCUCCAAGCCGGUCUACAUCGCCGUGGGGAUCUACCCGAUAGGAGCCUUGUUCAACCACGAGUGCUACCCGAGUGCAAUCAGGCACUUCGAAGGUCGAAGCAUUGUGCUGCGGGCGACGAGACCCCUGUCCCCGGGGGAGGUGGUCGCUGAGAACUAUGGCCCCCACUUCAUGACGCGCGGCCUCAAGGAGCGCCAGCGGUCCCUGGCCUCCCGCUACUGGUUCCGAUGUGACUGCCUCGCCUGCAAGGAGGACUGGCCCACUCUCAAGCAGAUGAGCGGAGACACUCCGCCGUACAUCAGAUGCCCCAACAUAGAGUGCGCGGGCAAGUUCCGCGCCAACCUGCAGUACCUGCCCAGCCGCUGCAGCCGCUGCUCCACGCCCAUCAGCCGGGACCUCGUCAAGAUCCACAUGGAGACUGUCAACCGGUGCGUCAAACAAUACCAGGAAGGUGCUAGGUUAAUGGAAGAAGAGCGUACUGAGGAAGCGAUCACAGUGAUGUGUGAAGCCAUCGACUUGUUCCACGAGGUAGCUCGGGCUCCGCACCGGGACACGCACCUCGCGCAGGAGGCGCUGCGCUCGUGCUUCGCCACCGCAGGCAACGUGCACCGCGCCAGGGAGCCCGAGCGAGACCACCAGGCCAACCAGACCAGCGACACCUCCACUUCAAUUUAGUUCAUACAAUAAUUGUAAUAUUGAAUAUAUCGAGAUAAUGACACAAGCUCCAAGGGAACUUGAACAAUGUUCUUCAUUUCACACAAUAAAUAGGGACAGAUGAAAGGGAGCUCUCGAAAUAACAUGUGACAUAAAUGUUCUUCCUCGUGCAAAUUUCAUCUCGGAGUAAUAAAGUUAAGUAAAAUUUCUGAGAAAGGUACAUGUAACCUGAUUGGUGGGACGACAGGAGGUAACCAAAGAUUCGCCGUGCCAUAUACAUAGCUACCUCAGCUACAUGUAGUCGCCGUACAUGUUUAUAUUCACUGUACCCAUGCCAUACAAAUAAAAAUACAAGUAAUUUGUCCGAUG